AUUCUGACGCGGCGUGUGCUCCGUUGUCCAAGCUACUUUUUCUUGACCUUUUCUGCGCCCUCUCCCCUCGAUGGAGCGCCCCAUGAAGCCCCAGGCGCCAGAUGCCCGAGAGCGCCUCUCAAUUUGUCAGUCACUGAUGCAACUGUACGUUUCUUUCUCUUCGUUCUACGAACGAGCGCCCGCCGACCUCGAGAGGGCCCUGACAUAUCUCGACAAAGCGGUAACGGUCUCGCUGGACUGCCCAGCCACCGUUUCCUCCCAUCCAUGGACGACGACGGCACGAGCACGAAUUCGAUUGAAGGCCGCACAGCUCUUGGCAGGUGAGUCGGGUGAGCGACCGAGGCAUACAGCCACAUGCAAUGCAUGACCAUUGUCUCAGGCCUGGAUGCUCACCGUGAGGCUGCGAAUCAAGCCAGGGCUGCAAUGCAGGAGUCCGAUUAUGUCCUGGACCGAUUGAGGGCAUACCCUGCGGCAGACAUGGGCCUCCUCGAGCAAGCGGUGGGGCAGGCCUACUCAGCAAGCCAGACCGACACAGCACCCGAAGGCGUCGAUGUUUGUGCUGUUCAGGGUGACGCCGCGGCUCGUUCGCGUUUCCUCCUUGCAAGAGGUAAGAGAGACGGCCUUGCUGCCUGCCUGCACGAUUGACUGUGGUUUGAUUGUUCCUCUGUGUGUAGAGCUCGAGGCGCUGUCUCCUGCUGCCACAACAGCGUCGCUUGAAUCAUCCAAAACAAUGGUGGGCGAACGUGGCACGUGUAUGUUCAUUGAUAUGAUGUACGUGUCUCCUUCCUCGCGUGAUUCUCAGUCGCUGUAUGAGUCUGCCGUGUCGAUCGCUAAGCUUGUGCUGCCUCUGGAUCAUCCCACCACACUACAGCUCACCGACACGCUCAAGAGCAAAAGAAGAGUGGGUACCCCCGCGAAGAUCUAUCAUGCAUACGUUAAGCGAGAAGAUUCAUUCUCUCUUUUGCUUCUUCCUUCCUCUCCGCAGGCCUGCGUGAAAGACCAUCGCAAGUGUCACCCCUCACCCCCUCGGCCGUCCUCCAUCGAGCCCCACACCACGGCCUCCGCCGUCCACCUCCUGGCUGCUGACCCGCCUCUGUCAGAGCUGGCGACCACAGAUGCCUUCCUUCGACGCGCAUGCAUAUCGCACCCCAAUUUCCACAAACCGCCCAGGAGAAAGCCGCCCUCGCCGUCUCGUCCCUCCCAAACAACAAGCAAGGGAGACCUGGACUCACGGCCUCCCUUUAUGCCCACCUCGCGUACAGUGAGGCUGCCGGACGUCUUCGCCAAGACGGGCGAAGGCAGCGGCGAUGACAGGCGAAGAAGAGGCGAUCGUCGGGUGAGUGUUGCCGAGAUGAUGGCGAGCACGUGGGAGGGAGGCAGCAGGCCAGGCAAGGGCAGGAGAAAACGAGCCUUCAACACAAACACGCUCCUUGAAGACGGUAGGCAGCCAGAGAGACAUAUUGAUUGCCGGGGAAAGAUGAGCACGUCGCGGCCUCCAUGGUCAGAUUGGGCUCUCGAACACAUCUGGUUACCGCGCAUGAGGCGGCAGUACGCCAGCCAUCGCACAGCGAUGCUCUUCAAAGACACAGUAGGCAGCCGGAAGGGAAGGGCAAGACAUACGUCUCAUCGCCGUGCUGCUGUCGCGUGCGUGCAGGAAGAGCUGCAGCAGGACAAAGAGCUCUUUGUUCCCCACGCCUAUGAGUAAGGGACAAGACUCUCCAUUCACUCUGACUGCUUGGUCAUCAACUGACCUGCGAGCAAACUGGGCUCUUUAUGCCGACAGGUACCACAGACGGAAGAAAAUGGCGAUUCCGUGCCAUUCCUCCCCCCUUGGCAACAUCUCUAUUUUUGGUCGAUGAAUGACAAGCCCUUGGCAACAGGGGGACACUAUUGUUGAUUGAUCGAAAUCUCUAUUGUUGCCAGAGAGUGACACUAUUGUUGAUUGGAGUAAGGAGCUGCCGAGCGGGCUGGAACAAGUCCUAAAAGAGCAUCGCGUUCAAGUGGCAGACGACACCAAAAAGUGACUGGGCAGAUCAGAUGAACACACAAAUGGGGGCGGGCGGGGCGCCCAUUUAGUUAUUGCGUGCGCCUUGGCUUGACAGGAGGAAAGGGGCAAAGCCAGCAGCUAAUUCGUCUCACGAGUACACCAUCUAUACUCACCUCACUGAUGAAGUCCGCCUCUUGGAACAGGAACUGCAAAUCAUGGGGGCGCACGAAAUCCAGGUAAACUAAAAGCUUUCGUGCCGAUUAGGUUGUGUGGAUAUCAGCAUCUUCGCAGUAUUGGUGUCUCUCAUCGAUGUGUGUGUUGGUUGUCUCUUGUGCAAUUCAGAACAUAAACAUGAGUUCAUUUGAUCGGGUCAAAGGUCAGCACACGGCUCCAUAAACAUGGAGGCACAUCCAUCAAGAUCGAUCGUCACAUCAACUAUCAUGCAGAACACCUGGGUCAUCUCAAGGCGCUGUACAACAAGUCCAAGACAAAGAGAGCUUCUCUUGCCAGAAGAAUGUCGCUCUAUCUAUCAAGACAGAUGACGAAGCUCACGGCCAUGUCAUGAUCUCAGGAUACAGUGAGUGACUUGUGUGGACAGACAAGACGAUGCAUACGUGAUU